ACAAUCAUAAUAACAAAUGCACUUCUUCAAAUAUUGUGAAGUUUUUCAUGCCAUGAGAAUGGAAGUGGAAGUGAGAUCUGCAUCCCUUAUCUUCAUCUUCCCAUUGAUUUUAGGUCUUUUGAUUCAAUCCUCUGGUUACUCAAAGGUUGAAUUAGAAGAUGAAGAUGAAGCUGAAGCGUUGCUGAACUGGAAAGCCAGGCUAACACACCACACUUUGGGUUCUUGGCUUCUCGAAACCAACAACUCGACCUGUCAUUGCAGCUGGAUUGGGAUCAAAUGCAACGAUGGCGGCAGUGUAAUUGAGUUGAACAUCUCAAAUUUCAGUUUGAAAGGUACUCUAAAUCAAUUGAAUUUCUUCGCGUUGCCUAGUUUGACCCAUCUCGAUCUCAGCUAUAACAAUCUUGAAGGAAAAAUCCCGAGCAGUAUCGGCUCACUAUCAAACCUCAGUUUCUUGGAUUUGGGACAAAAUUACUUCACAGGAUCAGUGCCUGAGGAGAUUGGCAAUCUCACCGAGCUUCACUUCGUUUCUCUGCGGCGGAACUUCCUCACGGGCUCCCUACCUUAUCAGUUGGGUCUUCUACAAAAGGUACAAUACUUGGAACUUGGUAAAAACCACUUGAACUUUGCUGACUCGUCGAGAUUUCCAGGCAUGGAGUCUCUUGUUCACCUCUCCCUGUAUGCCAACUCCUUAAAAGAUUUCCCAAUGUUUGUUUUCCAAAGCAAAAAAUUGGCAUACCUGGAUUUGUCACAAAAUGCAUUAACUGGUGCAAUCCCAAUUCAAAUGGUUUCCAGUCUAAAAAACCUACAGUUCCUCAACCUGAGUAAGAAUUCAUUUCAAGGGCCCAUUCCAACUGAACUUCAAAAUCUAAAAAGCCUUCUAGAACUUCAACUUCAUGAGAACAACCUCACAGGUUCUAUUCCUCAUGAGAUCGGCCUCAUUUUAGGCCUCCGAAAACUUUCCCUAGGUGUAAACCCAUUACUUGGUGGAUCCAUCCCUAGAUCACUUGGGCAACUUCGGGCUCUUGAAGAACUCAACCUCCGCAAAUGUGGAUUGAACUCUAGCAUCCCAGCACACUUAUUUACCUAUUGGACUAAUCUCACUUUUUUGGACCUCAGUAAUAACUUUCUCAUAGGAUCAAUCCCCUCUGAAAUCAGCCUUCUCAAAAAGCUUGAGCAUUUGGACCUUUAUAAUAACAUGCUUGUUGGUUGGGUCCCCACCUCAAUUGGAAAUCUUUUCAUGCUCGAAUAUUUAGACCUAUCCAAUAACCAUCUCACCGGAUCCCUCCCUUCCUCCAUUGGAAACCUUCCCGUGCUAAGGUAUUUAUACCUAUCUGAUAACUCUUUCAUGGGAUUGCUUCCUCCAGAGACAUGGAACAUUGGGACCUUGAAGUACUUGGUUUUGAGUUCAAAUAGAUUUCAAGGCCCUUUAAUAGCCAAAGGCCUUGAAGUUUUCUACAGCUAUGGUAACUUUUCUGGGAAUGCUACGGUAGAUUUGGGACAAAGACAAACAAUGGACGGUUCUUCGACUGAUCUACGCCGACAGAUUUGUGAAGGCAUGAAAUUAGUGCCAAGAUUCUUGGAACAUUGUAUCAGCACAGUGACAAUUCGAGUGGAAACUGAGAGUAAAUGCCAUGCUAAUGUCAAGCUUCCUAAUUUGCAAGUCUUAGAUGUCUCGAACAAUCAAUUUUCUGAUUGUAUUCCAGAGAACAUAGGAGAAGUCAUGCCGAUACUGUUCUACUUGCGUGCUUCGAAUAACAGUAUUUCUGGAACAAUUCCCACCUCCAUGGGAGACAUGAGAGGCUUGCACGUUCUAGAUCUUUCUAAAAAUAAAUUCAUGGGUCAUAUUCCUGCCACCUUGGGAAAUUUGAAUGUUCUGAAAUCUUUGUUCCUGGGACGGAAUACAUUAUCAGGCGUGAUCUCAUCAUCGUUAAGAAGGUGCACCAGUCUAGAGCUUUUGGAUCUCAGUGAAAAUCAAUUCUCAGGGUAUAUCCCAUCAUGGAUCGGCACAAGUCUCACCUCUCUUCGUGCAAUUUGUGUAAGAUCUAACAAGCUUGAAGGGACAAUUCCUAAGACUAUGUCAAGUCUAUACUCUCUUCAAGUUUUGGAUUUAGCAGAAAAUUACUUCUCGGGUGAUAUCCCCGACAUUUUCAGAAACUACACAGCAAUGACAAUUACAGAGAAGAUGUCUUACAAUAACUAUGAUGGCUUCGACUAUCCAAGAAUUGAUAUAGUGGCAAAAGGGGCAUUGAGAGAUUACACCGAAUUUCUUUUUCUUGUAAUUUGCAUAGAUCUUUCAAGCAAUAAUCUCUCAGGAUUGAUUCCCGAAUCACUGAUGAAGCUGAUUGGCUUGCGUGUGUUGAACUUAUCCAGCAACCACUUGAUUGGGGAGAUACCUCUGAAUAUUAAUAGAUUGAGAGAGUUAGAGUCAAUGGAUUUAUCAGAAAAUCGCUUCUCCGGUGGCAUUCCUAUGAGCAUGUCAGCUAUGGCAUCUUUGGGAGUUUUGAACUUGUCCUACAACAAAUUUUCAGGACCAAUUCCCUAUGCUGGCCAUAUGACUACAUUCGAGGCUCCUACAUAUUAUGGAAACCAAGAUCUUUGUGGUCCUCCUCUUUCUAAAGAGUGUGAUGGUGAUGACAAAGAUCCAGUAUUAAAUGUUGAUGUGCAUUUGAGAAGUAGUUUGCUGGAGUUUCCGCCGUUUUGGAUGGGCAUGAGCUUGGGGUUUGGGAUGGGAUUUGGAGGCUUGUUCUCAGCUCUAGCCAUUAAAAGGAAAUGGAGAAGUGCAUUCCUCAUGGUCAUGGACCUCAUAGCUGAGACUUUGAUCACAAAAUUGCAACGUUUGUUUGGAAGAAGAAGGCAUCAAUUAAUUUAUAAAACCAUUUGAUGAAGAUUAGAGCGCGAAGAUACAAAUAAUAACUGUACUGGGCGAGAAAUUGUAUUGCGUGCUUGUUUGUUUGGAGAUGUAACAGCCUCGGUGUUCCAUUAUGCUUUGACAAGUUUGAUAUGUGACAGACAUCAUACGCCAGAGGGCAUGGGCUGGAGGGGGCAGGGAAAGCCACAAAAGAUCAAUAUGGAACCAGUAUUAUCUUGAAGACGAACUUGAAGAUACCUUAUUUUAAUUGGUAUUUUAGAAGUUGUCGACAAAAAGUCUUAAAACUAUUGAACUGUGUUUUCUAGAAAUCAUAUUAUUUUUGUUUUUUUUUUUUGAGUAAUGUAGUGAGGUUAUAUUUGUAAUUAAUGGAAAAUUAUGGAACUAAUACAUGGUUAGUAGUUAUUGCUUUGAGGGUAGUUAUUUUCGUAAAUUUGUUUGUAAAAACCUCUAUUUAAAGAAAUGUAUGUAAUGGUAA